AUACCACUUCUGCAGUAAGCCCGCCCCUUGAUUCUCCCCUUUUGCUUGUUGCUCUCCCUUGUUCGCCGGAGAAAUGGAGCAACUUCCAAAAUGCCCAGCCAACUACGUGCCCUUGACCCCGGUGACCUUCCUACAGCGUGCGGCCAGUGCCUAUGCUGACCGGACAUCCAUUAUCUACGAGCGAGUCCGCUUCACCUGGAGGCAGACCUACGAGCGGUGCCGGCGCCUCGCCUCCUCCCUCCGCUCCCUCCAUAUCGGCAAGAAUGACGUCGUCUCCGUCCUCGCUCCCAACAUCCCCGCCAUGUACGAGAUGCACUUCGCCGUCCCCAUGGCCGGCGCCGUGCUGAACACCAUCAAUACCCGACUGGACGCCAACUCUGUGGCCACCAUCCUCCGCCACUCCGAGGCCAAGCUGCUCUUCGUCGACCACCAACUCGUCCAGCUGGCCGGCGACGCAAUCUUGAAGCUCCGGGAAAUCGGAGAGGCUGCCGGCUGCCCGGUGCCGCCGGUGAUCCUUAUUGACGAUCUCGACGGUCCCACCGGCUGCGCCAUUGGUGCGCUGGAAUACGAGGCCCUGGUCCAGGGGGGCGACCCCGAGUUCGUACCGGCGGUGCUGGAGGACGAGUGGGACCCGAUUUCUCUCAAUUACACCUCCGGUACCACGUCGGCGCCCAAGGGCGUGGUGUACACCCACCGUGGGGCCUACCUCAGCACCGUCAGCUUACUGCUCCAUUGGGAGCUGCGGGGCUCACCUGUCUACUUGUGGACCCUGCCCAUGUUCCAUUGCAACGGCUGGACCUUCACGUGGGGAGUCGCCGCCCGCGGCGGCACCAACGUCUGCCUCCGCACCACCGCCGCCGCCGGCAUCUUCCGGUCCAUCGCCGAGCACGGCGUCACCCACAUGUGCUGCGCGCCCAUCGUCUUCAACAUCAUCCUCAACGCGGGCCCCGAGCAGCGCCGCCGGAUCGACAGGCCGGUCGAGAUCCUCACCGGCGGGGCCCCUCCACCGGCGGCGCUCUUGCUACAGAUCGAGAAGCGAGGGUUCCACGUGACGCACGCGUACGGCCUUACGGAGGCAACUGGGCCGGCGCUGGUGUGCGAGUGGCUGCAACAGUGGGACGAGCUGCCGACCGCGGAACGGGCACGGCUGAAGGCCAGGCAAGGCGUGGGGGUGCUCAGCCUCGCCGACGUCGAUGUCAAGAAUCUGGACACGAUGCUCAGCGUCGCCCGCGACGGCCGAACAGUAGGUGAGAUCGUCCUUCGCGGCAGCAGCAUCAUGAAGGGGUACCUGAAGGACCAGGCUGCAACCCAGGAAGCAUUCAAGGACGGCUGGUUCCGGACAGGCGACGUGGGAGUGGUUCACAAGGAUGGGUACAUAGAGAUCAAGGACCGGUCCAAGGACGUCAUCAUCUCCGGCGGCGAGAACAUCAGCAGCGUCGAGAUCGAGACGGUACUCUACUGCCACCCGGGUGUAGCCGAGGCUGCUGUCGUGGCAAUGCCGCACCACCACUGGGGGGAGACUCCCUGUGCGUUCCUGGCAUUGAGGGAGGGACACUCCAAAGAAGAAGUCGAGGAGGACAAGAUGAUCUCCUUCUGCAGGAAGAAACUGCCGGGUUAUAUGGUGCCGAAAAAGUUCGUGAUCUUGCGGGAACUUCCAAAAACAUCAACCGGUAAGAUCCAGAAGUUCGAGCUUCGGGCCAUGGCUAAGGGCUUGGCCGGCGUUGGGGAGCCCAAGAGGCUUUCAUCUUUCAAGAAGCAAGCAUCUCUGAAGAAGAUUCAGCAGUAUGACCACCACCACCAAGUGCUUGCUAGGUCUCGUUUAUGAAGAAAUAAGGAGACUUAAUUAGUAGCAGAAGUCAAAUGUGUACAUACAUAGGUCUCUUCAUGGGACUGCUAGUACUGAAUUAAG